AUGACGGGUAAACUUAUAAAAAACAACAAUUCAAAAUGUUUUGCACUAAAAAACUCAUUAGAUUCAUCUAUAGAACCUGAUUCACCUAAUAUUCCUCGGAAGAGUCGCCAAAGAAGCCGUAUGGAAAGGAGAAAAAAGGAGUUGGAAAGAAUCAGAAAUGAAAUGGCUUCUGAAGAAAAAUCUUCUUUAGACAUGAGGAAAAUUGAACAGGAGUCUAUUACUGCUACGAUCGAGAAAAUGUCUUAUGAAGAAAAAGAUUUUUUCGGGCUUAAAAACGAACAGAUCAAUCCUGAUGGACAUUGUUUAUACAGAGCAUUUUCAGAUCAGCUCGCUGUUCGACAUGGUAUUCAUGUUAGUUAUAUUGAAUUACGUGCCAUAGCAGCAUCUUAUAUCCGAGAACAUGAACAAGAUUUUAUUCCAUUUCUUUUUAACGAUGAAACUGGAGAAGUUAGAGAUGUAGAAUCAUAUUGUCAAGAUAUCGAACAUACAGCCAUGUGGGGUGGUGAAGUAGAAAUUAUUGCUUUAGCAAGAGCGUAUAAAGUUAAUGUGGAAUUAAUACAAAUGAAAGGGCCCCCAUUAAAGAUUAAUUAUGAACCGAAUAGUCAAUCACCUUUAGAUGAUAAGAAUGCAGUUAAAUUAAGUUAUUAUCAGCACAUGUACGCAUUAGGUGCACACUAUAAUUCAUUAAGAGACAAAAUAAGCUAUGAUGUUGAUGACAUCUAA